UGUAAAUGCAUGCUGAAAUUCUUCCAUGAAAUAUCGCAUUUAAGAGUGUCAUCUAGUUUUAUAUUGCAUUCUCCUCCUUGAAUACCAAUCAAGUACAAAUUUUCAAAACCAAAUUUGGUAUCUGGAUGAAUAAUGCAUUUACAUUUAGAAAAUUAUCAUUAUUCGUCUUUAAAGUUACAAGUCUUCUACUAGCAAGGUAAACAAGCCAAACAUGUUUUUUGACUGCCUCCUGAAGCGAAAAGAAUACAAAUAAUAAUACGGCUCUGCGUCCUAAUAAAAUCUCGAAACACGAAACCCCUGAGCAAGCAUAAUAACACAGGUACUUGGUGAAAAUUCAAUGGAAAUGAGAUUUUGUGAACUCUGCAGGUAGAAAAUCAACUCAUAGGCCUAUUCGAAAAUUCGUGGAAACAAAGAGAGUAUAUUCCAUGGAGCUAUACCUAGGGCCGGUUUCAGUUCGUCUUUCAGUUGUUCUUUUAACCUCGAAAUGAGCACAAUGUUCGCACGCUUACUGGAUUUCCUUUUGUUGCAUUUGGCUCUCGUGCAGUGCAUUAGCGGACGGUUGUCGCCGAUUCCCAAAUUCUACUACGGCCAGGACAGUACAAUAAUUGUGAAUACUGAAAAGCCCAAUCCAAAAUUGAUUCCAAAGUUGCAGAAUGCGCUCUAUUAUAAUAUACCCGUUUACAAAGUCAUAAGUCCAAUCAGUGGAGUGCCAAGAGCAACUGCAAUCUCAACUACGCCAGCACCAAGCCUUGUCGACGAGUAUCCCAGGGAUUUACUCUAUAUCGCACGCAAUAAGUUGGGAGUAAAGCGUUUGGACCAGUUGCCCAGCAUCGGUGAGCUUGGCAAGAUGCUGGGCACAGGCAACGCCUUUGAAACCAUUAAAUACGUUCGCACACUUACUUCCAGUGACCAGGGCAUAUUUCUGAUGAAGACCUACUUGGAAUCGUUGGACUAUGAUCUUGCCAAUUCGAGAGAAGAAGCCACUCGUAAUUCUCUACCUGAGCAAAAAGAUAACGAUGAGGACAAUAUUACAAAUAAUUCAGAUAUAGAUGCAGACUAUUAUGAUACGUCCGUCAAGAUAAACGAGCCAACAACAACAAAGAAAACAAUUAUAUCACCACACUUAGAUUGGGGGGAAGAGCGCAGCUUAAUACAGCGUCCCAAUGAUUUUGAGAAACAAUAUAGUGUGGCUGGUUGGUCAGAAAACAGCACAGCGCCCAAAUCUAUGCUGGGCAAGCUAGUGCUGGUGGCACACAGCCAGGCAGCCCAUCAGCAGGGUGCGGUGUCGGUUUUACCUCCCGUGCUCGUACGAAAGCCAUUGCCAUAUCACUAUCCGAUUCCAUUGCGACCUGCACUGGGGCCUCAAGCUGCAAAGCCCAUGCCAAGGCAAAUUAUAGUCCCCACCGUAAAUCCAAGCCGCCCAACAAAGAGGCCGAUGCAGACCCAACUGAACAUACCCAAAGAACCGUCGACGACGUCAUCAGCCACCCAUCAACGUGUAGCGCCGCAUAUUCAGCAGCUUGCCCAGAUGGCCAGCAUAUCACCUGAGGUGCUUAAUGAUUCCCUGCAGCAGCAGCCCAAGCUGGCCGAGUUGGCCAAACGCAUCAGUCGAUUGCCGCUGGUCCACCAACAUAGCCAGGCCAUUGACUCACAGUUAUUUAUGGCCGUGAAGAGAGCUCUGUCGCAGGACGAGAGUUUAAAGCGUUUACUUGGAGCUACGCAGACAUUAAAAUAGAUGCGCAACUGCGUCAAUAAAGUAUAAUUAAAUUAAUAAACAUACACACUUAGUC